GGUACGGUCAGUCAUAGUCAUUCUCUUGACAUUUCACGCCCUCUUUCUCUCCAUUGCUCGUUCCAUCAUUGAUCUAGGUUCCUUUCCCUCCAUGUUUUCUAUUAAUAAUCUUCGUAUUGCAAAUUUGGGAAUUACUUUACGGGUGGAAAAUUUGCAUUGAGGAAAUGCCGCCAAAGGGUUCAUGGGGGUUCUCUCUCUUUGGAAACGGGGAUUCUGUCUCCGUCGAAAGAAAUAUUGAUGGGUCUCUCAAAAAUUCUCCCUCUCCUCCUUUGAGAUUACAAUUAGAUAAAGAUGUCUACAGGCCUGGGGAUCUAGUUUCUGCUACUAUUCAGAUUCACAACCAUUGUACCCCUACUGAUCAAUCUGAAAUUCAGCAGGAAGAUGACGAUGAUGCUUGCUCACUUCUGGUGGAAAGACUUGGGUUUGAAAUCAUUGGGACUGAAAAAUUGGAUACUCAGUGGUUCUCAUUGCAGAAGCCAUUACCUGGAACAAAGCAUAGAAGAGGUGAGAAGAUCUUCCUGGACUGUUCGACACCUCAUGUGGUUUCAAAUCAGAUUGUCUCUGCUGGUGCCACCAAAACUUAUAUAGUCAGAACGGAACUACCUGAUGAUAUACCACCAUCAUACAGGGGUACAACCAUUCGUUAUUUUUACUAUGUUAGAACUACAUUAUCUGGGAGACUGCUGGCAUUGGAGAGAGGUUCUCGCCAAGACUCAAUAAACGAAACAAUAAUACUGGAAGAUCGUAUUCCAUUGCAAAUAUGGGUGACACAGAAAACCAGUGGCAUGCUAACUGAAGAUCAAAGUGAUGGAAUUUUGCAGGCUGCGACCAUCUCAAAGGACAUAUACUGGAAGGAGAAGGAUUCUGAUUCUGAAUGGGCAAGAGCCAAUGAAACAUUUGAUGGAGGUGAAGAAGGAUAUGACAGCUCAAGGGAUGAGACAUUGUCUGUUUCUUCCUACAAUCCCUCAAAGGGAAAUUUAAACACCGCUUUUGGAAGUUCUUUGUCCUUGCAAUCAGCUGCAACGAGGUUUUCAAACAAGGAUGUUCUACAUUUACAAGGAGAACGCUCUAGCUUAUCUUCAUAUCUGGCACUUCCUCGUGUAUCUGUUGCUGAAGUCUUGCAUGAUUCGAGUGGUGAUGUAUUGUCCCCGGGUAAGAAGUCUCCUGCUAUUCUGUCUCCUAGUAAGCAGAGAAAGCAUGCCUUUUCCCCUGAUGAAGAUACCGGAGUUUCUCCUGUUGCUGGGACUUCUGAACCUGCAGCAUCAGAAGGCUUUGUGCGAGGGAGAUCCUACAAUAUUAGACUAGAUGACCAAGUGUUGCUCCGGUUUUCUCCAAAAAAUUCUGAUUCGACAUACUACUUCAGUGACAUGAUUGGGGGCACUUUGACUUUCUUUCAUGAAGAAGGGGCUAGGAGAUGCCUUGAGGUCUCAAUAACCUUAGAAACUUCAGAAACAAUAAGUCAGCGUUUUGUCCAUCUUUCGCGUAGAAAUGCUCCUAUGCUUACAAAGAUUCAGAGCGAUCAUUAUGAGGUUGUUGCGGAUUUAGUACAGACGAGCUUUCUUUUCUCUAUUCCCAUGGAUGGGCCCAUGUCUUUUUCGACUCCCCUUGUUUCUGUACAAUGGGCUCUUCGGUUCGAGUUCUUCACCACCCCUAAGAAUGUGGAUUGGAGAAGAUACGAGCAUCCUCUUCUUAUUGAGGGAAGAGAUAAAGGGGAAUGGGUACUUCCGAUAGCUGUACACGCACCUCCACCGCGAGCUCAGCCUACUAAUACAAGAAAUGAGAGGUCUGAUUCUUUCGGACCCAUGUGGAAUCGUAACUGAAGGUUCAAAUCUUUUCUGGGCGAAGGGUUAUAACAAGGCCGAUGAUGCUAAUAACAGAGAUUUAUUAUCUAUGUGGCAGUCAGUUAUUAUAUAGAGCCUUUAAAUCACAAAUAGUAUCAAGAAACAGAUAAUUUAGGUUAAGUUUUUUUUUUAAUUUUUGUGUGCAGGCCUCUAUGGGUUGUGUUGCAACAUAAAUCUUUGAAAACCAUUGAACUGAACUUCGGCUAGAUUCCUUCCAGAGCCGUGUUAUGGACUAGGCCAGCUAGCCUGUUGCCUAGAGCAUCAUACUGGUGGGGCCCGAAAUUUUAAUUUUUCUUACAGUUUUUUCUUCUUCUUUUUUUAAUGUUACUUUUAGAUAGUGCAAGUCAGAUGACGAAAUUGCAAUUGACUAGGUUUUGUGCGCCAAGACUUUUGUCCAUUGUAUGUUUGUUGUUCUGACCGCCAUAAGCAUGCCCCAUGUUUCCCCACUUAAACCGUGGUUAUUCCCAGAUGUUGUGCCAUUGUUAUGAUCAUGGUAGAAAAUUCCCAUUA